AUGACUAGUACGCCAAUCGAAGUCACCAAAAAGUUGAAACAGUUGCUUCGUGAUCCUAAGAAUCAAGUAUGUGCAGAUUGUAAGUUAAGUUCGCAUCCACGCUGGUCUUCGUGGUCGCUUGGCUUGAUGAUAUGUAUUAAGUGUGCUGGUAUUCACAGGUCCCUGGGGACACAUAUUUCGAAAGUUAAAUCAGUAGACCUUGAUUCAUGGAAUGAUGAAAAUUUAGACAAAUUGAUCCAGUUUCGAAAUAAUUCCAAUGCUAAUCUAUUCUACGAAUGCAACUUACCUGUCCAACCCACGGGGCUGGAUGAUUCUGCCACAUUAGCAGAAUUUAUCAGGGAUAAAUAUGUCUUGAAAAAAUGGGUUGGUGAUCAAAUCAUAAUAUCAACAGAAGAAUCAGUACAUACUGAUAUUACGGGGGAAACAGUAGCUGAAUCUGAAAUUCCAAUUAAAACACGUGUAAUUACUCCCGUUUUGACUGAUAAAAACAAAAGCUUAUUAAACAUUAAACCCUUUCCCAAGAACAUUAUUAAUCAUUCAUCAGAAAUUUCUUAUGACGUUAAGAAGUCUGAAUAUAUAAGAGAACAUUCCAGUUACUGUGUCUUCCCAAACAGUAAGAAAAGGUCAAUUUAUGAACUAUAUAAAGAAGUAAAAUAA